AAAAAUUAGAGAGAAAUGACAACAAUUGAUGAUAUAUCUAUGGUUGAAGACAAUGCUUCCCUUCCCAGUAAAAGGAAUCUCUGUGUUCCUCAACAGUUAUCAGAAGUAAAUGAAUUAUUAAAGUCAAUCAAUAGAAGACUGGAAGAUUGUGCUUUAGAAUGGCAAGCAGAGAUUUCUCGCAAACAAUGGAAAAUUUUUAAUUCUAAUGGCACUGGAGUAACUUCAUCUGAACGAUCUCUAUUAGCAAGAACAUAUUUUACAGAGAAAAAUCUUGAUGAAGCUUUCCAACAUUUACUUUCUUGUAAUAAAAUCUUUUCAGAAUAUUUAAAAAAUUUUAUUGAUCUUUUACAAGAUGAAGUAUCUGUUUCAAAUGUCAAAGAAACAUGUGAUGUACAAAAUCAAUGUUUUAAUAAAAAAAAAAGUUGCAAAGUAUUGGAUAUCAGUAAUAGAGGACCAACACAACUUUCUCCACUUUUAAAUGGGGAAGAAAAAGUUCAAGAUUAUAUUGAUAACAUAUUAACAGUCCAGAAUUCAUUUACUGAUGUGGUAAAAGCUAAAAUUAACUUUGAUACAAAAUUUUUGGGGUUUGAAGCUGUAUUACAUAAAGCUACAUCUACAUCAACUGAUGCAGUUUGCCUUUGUCAAUAUUGUUCUAGUAUUAUGCAAGCUACACAUGGUACACACAGAAAAUUAAGAAGUGUAACACUUAAUCAAAGAAAUCGAACAGUUGCAAAACCUAAACGCCUAAUUAAGUCUAAAAGAACAUUAUCCAAAAAGAAAAAAAAAGAAAAAUCAUCCACAGUAGUUGAUAAAAUCAAUGAUCAAUUACCACUUGAAACACAUACAGGAAUCUGUUAAUGCAAUUUUGUUAUAUUGUACUUAUUUCCAAUUAACCAUUAAAUUUUUGUUAAUUUUUGUGGAUAUCAAGAAUUUAAACUAAACAGUAACAUAUGCACCCAAAAAGAUAAUUUCCAUAAUUUACUAGAGGAAUUCAUUUAUUAUCUUUUACAUUAUUAGUACAUUUCAUUUUAAUGUUAAAAUUUUCCUAAAUGAUAAAUAAUCACUAAGCGAUUCACUAUUUCUAAUUUUGAAAGCUUUAUUAACUUUUAAUUAAACCAUUGGAAAAUUUAAACAUUAAAGUGAUUUGUAUCAAUUUUAUAUACUUCUUAUAACUUACAGUUUUGUUUCUAUAUUAAAAAUAUCAUAUAAUAGUUUUAAUAGAUAUAUUAUAUUUAAUAAGCAAUUUACAAUACAACAAGGAUCUAUACACUUUUAUGCUUAAUUUUGUAAUAAUGAAUUAAUACUUUAUCAUUUGUUUUAAUAUUAAAGUAAUUACAAUAUACAUGAAUUCAGAAGAAGCAUUAAACUCUACUUUUUGCAACAAAUGCUGUUAAUAUUAUGUAAAUAUCAUUUUAUUAAACAUGUACAUGGGUAUUUAAAAUUCUAUUUUUUAAAUAUUCGUCAUAGUACGCCAUUAACUGCUAAUAUCGUUUUGUCUUAUUUGCUAAUAUGCUAAUUUGGAAGAAAAUAUAUUGUACAAAAAUGUUUUUGAUUUUACAUAUAUAUUACAUAAAAAUAUUACAAUAAUUUGCCAAAUAAGGUAUAUGACUUUAUAUAUUACAUUUUCCAAAUUUUGCAAGUUGAUACUUCAAACAACAUUUUUUUUAAAUUAGCAAUUUAUAAAUAAAUGUUAAUAAGAGAUACUUAUAGAAGUUACAAACAAUUAUUGUUACAAAUUUCUACCAAAUGAAUGAUUAAUUUUUAGUUAUAUUUAGUUAUAUUGAAAUUAACAGCAGCAGAAAUGUAUAAAUGAAUACAAUAAAGUUAUUUUAAUACAAAUUACACAUAAUUUUUAGAUAUUUUAUCUUGGAGUAAAUAUGU